AUGCAUGCGUCCCCGUCCGGCAGACCCGAUGCCUCGCCGGGCCAGGGCUCUGCCGCCGCCGCCGCCGCGCUGAGGGGCGCCUCCCUCGCCUUCGAGAAGCAGCAGCAGCAGCGCGCCAACACCGCCGCCCACCACCUGGCGUCCGGCCCGAGCACCCCCGUCAACGGCGCCCUGCUGGCCGCGACCUCGGCCUCCCGCGACGCGAGCCACUCGAGGCCCGUCUCGCCCUCGCGCAGCGCCGGCGUCGCCGUCGGGACGACGACUAGGAACAGGAGCCCGAGGGCGGCGGCGGGCCCCGGUCACGCCGAGGGCGUCGGCAGGGAUAACACCGGGGAGCGGCAGGGGAGCGCGGUGCGGGACCGCAGCCGGGAGCGGGAGCUGGCGCGGCGGGUGUCGCUGGUGCUGAGCUCGCCCGCCUCGGUCGUCGGCUCGCCGCACCUGCUCCUGCCGCCUGGCGGCGGCGGCGGGGCCAAGAGCGGCGCCGACCCCAAGUCCGCGUCGUUCAUCGCCGCCACGCUUGCGGCGAGCAGGUCCGCGAGCCCGACGCCGAGCCCGGUCGUACACGGCAGCGCGCAGGCCGCCGGGCCGGGGUAUUUCUCCCAGGGCCCGGGUGGUGGUGGCACCGGCGGGCGGAGCGUCAGGGCCAGGAGGGGCAGUGUCGGGUCGAGCAGCGUCCACUCGGUGUCGACGGCGGGCGUGGACUUGCCAGAUACUACGCCGAUACCCGCGACGAACUCGCUCAUAUCGAUGUUUGAGGACAAACGGGGUGUGGAUCCCGUCAAGAGGGUGCCGUCGCCGUCGAAGCGGCCCGGACUCAGGGUGCCGACGCCACCCCGGGAAUUAAGCCCUCCGAGGAGGAAGGUGGAGGAGAUGCCUGCCCAGAAGCAGGUUAGGGUUGAAGAGGCUACCCCAAAGGAGAAGAUGCAGAAGGAGACUGCCCCGGAGGAAACUGCAGCACCGCCUCCCAAGCUUAAACCCAAGCCGAAGCCAAAACCUCAGCAACGGCCGUCUACACCUACCUCUGUGCCGCCGCCAUUGAAGACUGCCCGCGCUUCUACGGAAAUUCUGUCCCCGAGGCCCAGGCAUAUCGAACAACGACCCAAGAUCACGACUUCAACACCACCUGCCUCAUCUCCAGUUGGCAAGAUGAGUCCACGAAUUAAGCGUCCAGUUGUGACUGCAACGUCGUCUACGGAGGAGCUAUCUAGGGGAGUAGAUGGCCAAUCAUAUUCUAAGAGUCGUCGGGAGCCGAAGAGGAUGACGGUGACGACGACUACUUCAGUGGAGAGGCCGACUACUGCGACCUCGCAAUCUUCCGACGAUAGCUUCGUCUCAGCAUCCUCGACGCAGACUCCCAGACCCCCCACUCCGCCACGGGGACGUAAGACAAAACCCCGGCAGAUACCGUUACGAGCUACCACCCCCAAGCCUCCGCCACCCAAGAGAUCACUAUCAACGCACAGCCUGCAGCCCAUACCUCGCCGCUCUACAGGCACAGGCACCCCGAGCAACCUGGCGCUCGACUCGCUCGCCAACGCCAUCGUAGCCAGCUCCCUGGCGUCGUCCCGGCACCCGACGCCCAAGUCCAAGACGCCGCCGCCGGUCCCGACGUCCCGGCGCCACCUCCACCACCACCACCACCCCCACAUCCCGUUCGGGCACUCGCACGAGCGCUCGCACAGCAGCGGCAAGCCGAACCGGUCGCCGCGGCGGGCAGGCAUGCUGCAGACGCUGCGCUCGCCGCCGACCAAGUCGGACGAGGAGGACGAGUCCAACGCGGCGGCGGCGGCGCGGCGGCGGCACAAGAACCCGCUGUCGGUGGGCGGCAAGCACUCGCACCACGAGGGCGCGCGGCGGCGCUGGCGCGACGAGGUCACGCCGCGCGAGCGGCGGCGGUACGAGGCCGUGUGGGCGAGCAACCGCGGCCUGUUCCUGCCCGAGUCCGAGGCGGACUGCGUGUGCGGCGUCGUGGUGCGGGACCUCUGGAGCCGCAGCCGGCUGCCCGCCGACGAGCUGGCCGAGGUGUGGGAGCUGGUGGACGGGUCGUCGUCGCCGUCCGGCGGCGGCGGAGGCGGGCGCAGGGGCAUGCUCAACAAGGCCGAGUUCGUGGUCGGGAUGUGGCUCAUCGACCAGCGGCUGCGGGGCCGCAAGAUACCGCCGCGGGUGAGCGACAGCGUCUGGGGCAGCGUACGGGGUUGGAGGGUCAAGGCGCCGGAGAAGGUCAAGGGUGGUGGCGGCGGCGGAGGGGGCAAGAAGAAGUGA